AUGCCUGUGCUACGCAGCGGCAAGAGGUCGAAAAGCGUGGGUUUUCGGGUUCGGGAGGAAAGCAUUCAGCAAACGAAGAAGGUGUACCUGAGCUACUUGGGUAUUGAAACGUCUGCCUCAGAAACUGGCGAAUCUGACGCAGACUCAGGGAGCAACUCUUUUCAGAACUUUGGGGUGCGCGAAAGCAAAGCGUUCUUGCAAGAAUACUUUAGUCAGUCGACAAAAGUGUUGACAACAGACGAGGACGAGGAAGCAGGCGAGUCUGAACAUGGCUCUACGUUGAAUGUUCCUUUUGCGGCGUUGAGAGAGUGGUUGCAGGUUGCCGAUCAGAAAUUGCCAAAGUCCGCCAAGCAACUGAGCCAGCUGUACGAGUCUCAAUUCGACAAAUGGAUGGUGUACAUGAGCGAGAACUUCAACGUGCUGCUAUAUGGCUUCGGCUCAAAGCUUGACCUUGUCGAAAGGUUUCGCAAGGCGAAAUUGCUCGGCACCUACAACCAUAUAGUGCUGCAUGGUUAUCAACCAUCAGCAAGCGUCAAGCAGUUGCUGGCGUUGCUCGUCGAGCGUCUACGGCUAAAGAUUAGUCCAUCAUCGUCCAGCAGCCCGAUCGAGUUGAGCUAUGCAGUUUGCCAAGCUCUGGAGUCAAUGAAGAAGCCAUGCGACGUAUUCAUCGUCGUUCACAACAUCGACGGCGUCGCCCUGCGUAACCACGUUGCCCAAACGGUCCUCUGCGUGCUGGCUGACUCACCUUUUGUACACAUUAUUGCCUCGGUCGACCACGUGAACGCUGCUCUCAUGUGGGAUCAGACCAAGCUGGCGAAAUUUAGCUGG